AUGGAAUUGUUCGACCUGGAGCCCAGCCUGAAGUCGAUCGCUUCGGGAGGCAACGUGCUGAACUGCCAAGAGUUGACAGGCGUGCAGGCAGCCCUGAACUUGCUGAAGGUCAACGAGAAAUGCACCGAGGUUUAUUUCUGGGGCAAGAUAUUCGGCCUCACCAGCGACUACUAUAUCGCGUACUGCCUGGGAGUCUCCGACUUCGAGUUUCCCACCAAGGCGUUCUUCUUCGCUGGCGCUGAUUUCGACUUCAGGCGCCUCAGCACGCCAACCAAGGAGAUGGCCGCCAAGGUCCUCGAGCUCGCAGCGGACAAGCCGUUCACGGGCGUGCCGACGACGGUCUUGCCGGGCCAGGGACCCGCGGGCGAGGAAGAGCCCGCCGAGGCCGAGGAGGGCGAGGCGCCCCCCGCCGACGGCCCCCCGAAGCUAACGGAGGCCGACCUGCUGGCGCAGGUGGUUCUGGAGAUCGACCAGGACACGUCGGCAGUCCCGCGGGGCGCGCACACCCUCAGCGAAGCUCACGCUGUUGUCCCGAGCAGCGACUUCAAGGGCUUGGGCGGCACCGAGGCCACCGCUCUGUCCAAGUACGUGCACUUCCGACCGCCCACGAGCGUGGCGUCGUUGCGCGCCCUCGCCCGCACGGACGCGCAGUUCUACGCCAGCUUCCUCGACCCUCUCGAGGGGGACCUUCCCCAGGGCAGCUGGGCCAUCCGGCAGGACCCGUCGGCCGCGCUGGUCACGCUCCGCUCGCUGAGUUGGCCAGGCUACGCCGCGUUCCACGUGCCAGGCACCAAGAAGUUCGGCGGCGCCUAUUUUGGCUACGGGCAGAAGUGCCGGGACCUCCCCUUCCUCUUGUGA